AUGAUUUACUCCUCAGGAAGAGAAUCCUUCUUCAACCUGAACUCCACCUGGUACGACCCCUCUGGCUCCUGGCUGGACACGCGGCGCACGCCCUUCCGCUACGGUUACUCCACCUGCUGCUCCUCGGGCGGCUCCUCGGGCUGCCACGGCGAGGGUUGCGAGGGCAUGAGGGGCCACGACUACCGGCACUACGGCUACCGACAGCCCCGCUGCGCCGAGCGCUGCCACGGCUACUCCAGCUCGUGCCAUGGAGGGGGGGACGGCUGUGUCAGGAGGCCCACCUACAGCUAUGGGGGCUCAGGGGGGUGCCAGGGUUAUGGGAGGUCUGUGUGUGCUGAGAGGUGCCAGGGCUCCUCGAGUUCAUGCCAUGGAGGAGGGUCCAGCUGUGUCAGGAGACCCACGUACAGCUAUGGGGGUUCAGGGGGGUGCCAGGGUUAUGGGAGGUCUGUGUGCUCCGAGAGGUGCCACGGGACAGUGGUCCAAGGGGGGAAGCCGUGCUGUGGGACCCCCGUGCAGAGCAUCCCGCUCCUCAGCGUCGCCUCUCGAGCUCCUUCUGAUCCAGGUUUCCAGCCAUGUGCUCCCGCCAGGACAAGGACCAGUGCCACCAGCAGGAACGCUCCUGCUGCCACAGCAGUGGAUCCGGUUGCCACGGGAGCAGUGGUGGAUCCAGUUGCCAAAGGAGCAGCGGAUCUGGUUGCCAUGGGAGCAGUGGUGGAUCCGGUUGUCAUGGUAGCAGUGGCGGAUCUGGUUGCCACAGAAGCAGCGGAUCUGGUUGCCGUGGAAGCAGUGGCGGCUCCAUUGCCUCUCAUCCUUCUUCAUCUCUUCGUGCACGAGCAGCCUCAGGUGACCCAGCACAGUGCCAUGUGCUCCCGCCAGGACAAGGACCAGUGCCACCGGCAGCAGCGCCAGAGCAGCAGCGGCUGUCACAGUUCCGGCGGUGGUGGCUGUCACAGCUCCGGUGGUGGCGGCUGUCACAGCUCCGGUGGCAGCUCUGGGGGCUGUCACAGCUCCGGUGGUGGUGGCUGUCACAGUUCUGGUGGUGGUGGCUGUCACAGCUCAGGCGGUGGCGGCUGUCACAGCUCUGGUGGCUCCAGCUGCCACGGGAAGCCCCAGAUGCCGGUCCAGCAGCAGCAGCAGCAGCAGGUGCCGCAGAUGCCCCAGCAGAAGAUGAAGUGA